AUGAAGGAUAUUUUAACCAAGAAGAGGAGACUUGGAGAAUUUGAAACAACGGCUUUGACUGAAGGUUGUAGUGCUAUAUUGAAGAAUAAAAUUCCUCCUAAAUUUAAAGACCUGGGCAACUUUACAAUUCCUUGUUCUAUUGGUGGUAGAGAUGUUUGUAGAGCACUUUUUGACUUUGGGGCUAGUAUCAAUUUGAUGUCCAUGUCGAUCUUUAAGAAGUUGGGAAUUGAAGAAGCAAGGCCAACCCCUGCCACUUUGCAAUUAGCGGAUCGAUCUAUGGUACACCCAAAAGGCAAGAUUAAAGAUGUACUUGUGCAAGUUGAUAAAUUCAUUUUUCCAGCGGAUUUCAUUAUUCUUGAUUAUGAAGCGGAUAGAGAUGUUCUAAUAAUUUUUGGAAGAACAUUUCUUGCCACCGGAAGGACUUUGAUUGACGUUCAAACAGGAGAGCUUAAUUUGAGAGUGAAUGACCAACAAGUGACCUUCAAUGUGUUCAACUCUAUGAAGUUUCCGAAUGAGAUUUAG